AUGACCAGCCCCGACGCCGCUGCAAGGGACAAAUUCUACGAGGACUUGCACGCUCUCCCGGAGCCGGUGUCGGAGGCAGAGAAGUUGACUGGGUUCGUGACUUCAACGCCCGCGUCGGCACAGACCAUGCUGCCUGGGCAGGAGUGCUGGAUCCCAAACGAAAAUGGUCUGCUCUUCAUGCGAACCUGCGCAAAUUAUCGCCUCAUCCUGGCCAAUAUCUUUUUCCGCUUUCCGACGUGGGAGAAGGCGACCUGGAUGCACUCUCGGCCACUGACUAUGUCCUCGUCCGGAGGUAAAACCAGCAGGAGAUGUUGGUAACAAAGGCAAUCAGGGGUGCCAACGGGUGAACCGGCCAUCGUCCUGUGAUUUUCAAGAUGAGGCUCCAUCUGCAACGCCUCAGGAGACUUAAGGGUGGGAGACCACGAGGUAAUUUUGUUGUCUUAGCCCGCUCACCCUCCCCAUUUCAGUAAUGAACUGGCUUAACGGCCAGCCAACCUUCUAGUCGCCGCCGCUGACGCGACCGCCUCCGUGGAGAGUCGGUGGUACCAACUAUGAGACACAGUCCAGUCAAAAGCCCUGGCUGUCCUCGUCUGUGCAAGUUGUCAACACCAGGACUGGUUCAACGAAAACAGCGCAGUCAUCAGUAAUCCGCUCGCCGAGAAGAACCGUCUGUUCAAAACCUACGUCAAGCGCCCAAUCGACAAGAACAAAGCAGCCUUCCACCGUAGUCACCGCCUUGUACAACAUCGGCUGAGAGAGGAGGUCAAAGAGAUCCACGGUUACGCGGACCGCAACGGAUGGAGGAGUUUUUUUGCCGCGACCAAGACUGUCAAGACAGUCCACAGCCAAGGGAACCGCUCCUCUUCUCAGCGCCGAUGAAACCACUUUACUCACGGAGAAGACGCAAAUUCUACACCGAUCGGCCGAGCACUUCAGAGGCGUCCUCAGCCACCCCUCCACCAUCUCCGACGUCGACAUCGUCCGUCUGCCUCAUCGGGAGUCCAAUCCGGCCUCGACAUCCAGGAAACCAUCAUGGCUAUGAAGCACUCUCCAGCGGACAAGCGCCUCGAUUGGACGCGAUCCCUGCUGAGAUUUACGAGCAAAUCUGUCCCCAACUCAUGAAUCCCCUGACAGCGCUAUACCAGGAGAUGUGGUGUCAAGUUGAAGUCCCCCAGGACUCCAAGGACGUCACAGUCCUCCGUCUCUACAAAUGGAUAGGGAACCGCCAAGCCCGCGACAACCACCGAGGCAUCUUCCUGUCCGCCAUAGUCAAGAAGAUCUUCACUAGUACCCGUAUCAACCCUCUGAAAAACCAACUGAAACAGUAA